GACACGCAGGCAGCUGCCAUGCGCCGUUGCAACGUUGUUAUGGUCUGCCCUGUAAUAAGUUAGAUAUUGCCGGACAGAAGCAGCGUUAAGGUGAAUAUCUAUUGAAAAGUUCUGUAGUUUAGAAAGUAUCGAAGGGUGGGAGGGUGGUGGCGGGGCGGCGUGCCGAGCGGACCAGCUUCCUGCUUGUGUUUGACGGCUGUGAGCGUGAGAGGAGCGCGAGCCUGCCAUGUAGCUGAAGCAGAAGAAUGAACAGUCAGCACAGUCCAGCAGAUGGGACAGACGACCACACGGUCCAGCAGGAAAACGAGUUGGAAGCCCUCGCCUCUAUUUUUGGAGAUGAUUUCCAGGAUCUGCGGAACAAGGAUCCGUGGAAGGUACUUUCCUAAAUAUAAUAGCAGACCUGGAAGCUGUAACAGGAAAAGACUAUGACCCCUGACCUGUAACAACCAAUAUGUGCUAAAAUCGAAAGUGACCAUCAUCACAAAUCAUUGACUGUAUUUUCAGGUUAAAAGACCUCCAGAGGUGCACCUCUACCUGCGGCCAAACGGGCUGAACACCGGUGAUGAAUGCUACGUGACUGUGGACCUGCAGGUCAAAUGCCCUCCUACAUACCCAGACGUGUGAGUACUGACCUCUAACCUUUAGAGCAUCAAUGUUUCUACCAUGUGAAGUAUAAUCCCUGCAUAAUUGUUCCAUAAUAUUUGAUCAGAAAUCACAAUGACACACCCACCCCUGUAAAGACAAACAAAAACCACAAGAUAUGUCCUGUUGUUUACUCUGGCUUGCUGACACUGUUGGAUUUUGAGUUACAAGACAUGACAGCUUUAUUUUUUUUCUUCCUUGAGCAGUUUUUUUUUUCUUUAUAACGUCUUAAACAGCUGAAAAAAGUUUUAUUUAUAUUCAUCAAAAUUCCAACUACUGUAAAGGAUCAUUAUCUAGAGCUGAAUUUUAGAUUUUGAGCCUUGUUUACAAAAUUUUGUUCUCAGACUCUAAAGAAAGAAUCACAUGAUCCCACAUGACCAGCAGGGGAAAAUGAUGCUGCUCUCUUUUGCUAUCUGAACUGGCUUUUCACAACAGCCUCACAUGCCUGGUGUAAUGCCGGCUCAGUUAAAACAAAAACACUAUGUGGAGUUGAAAAUGUCAUCCUGGAGUUUACUGGAGAUUAAUUAUAGUGAUUUCUAUUCUUUGAAACCAACAGGCCUCCAGAGCUGGAGCUGAAAAAUGCCAAAGGUUUGUCAAACGAAAACCUCCAGAACCUGCAGAGUGAACUCACCAAGCUGGCAGCAGUACGCUGUGGAGAGGUGAGAACAAACACACACACACACACACACACACACACACACACACACACACACACACACACACACACAAACUUAUGUACACAGACUAUCUAAUCUUACUAACCUGUCUCCCUAGGUGAUGAUUUACGAGCUAGCAGACCACAUCCAGGGCUUCCUGAGCGAACACAACAAACCUCCACCUCGCUCCUUCCAUGAGGAGAUGCUGAAGAACCAGCGAAGGCAGCAGGAGAAACGAGACCAGGAGGAGCAGCUGAAGAUGGACCAGAGACGCAAGCAGGAAGAGGAGACUGUGAGGAAGAGUUUAAAUUCUGUUUUCAUACCAGAAUGAAAAGCUUUUCACUUUCACAUGUCCUUGAAUAACUGAACUCCUAACAGCUGACAGACAUGAUGGUUGACUGUUUUUUUUUAUUCUUGUAGGAAAAAGAGAUCAUGGCUGAAAUCCAAAGACGAGAGGAGGAGAAACGAGAGGAGAAGAGAAGAAAGGAGAUAGCCAAACAGGUGUUGAUGCUGCCCUGCGAAUCCUAAAGAAGACCUCAGUUUGUGUUUGUUAUUAAACUUGUGGUGCUGGUGUUUUAUUCACAGGAGCGCCUUGAAAGCAUAGAGCAGUCAGCCUCUGCUAGUCCCACUUUAUUGGGGAAGAGCCCGCCCAGUCCGGGUGGAGCUCCUGAGCUGACCGAAACCAGGAAAAUGGUCGGAAACCGCCGCAGGACUACCUCGAAUUCCCGCCACAGGUACACAUCGUGCCAUCCCAGGAAAAAGCGUCUUUUGUCAAAAACACAUUGUGGUAAAUGUUUGCACUUUUUCAGGCGUGAAACUGUAAACGAAGAUCAGCGCCCACAGGAGCUUCUUCACUUCAACAGCAGCACUUUUGGAGAGCUCAUUGUGCACAGGGGGAAAAGUUUGGGUGAGAAUAAAAUGAAUAAAAUAAAACUCAAAUCAGAUGUUUAAGUCCUCAAUAAUAAUCGAACAGGUUUUCAACUGCAUUUCUGAUGAUGAUAGGGGAGAGCGAAAGGCUUCGACGUAAUGUUUAUUAUGGAUUCGAGGCAAACUCUGGAGAUUUUGCUGUGAUCUAUGAGUGGGCGCUGCGUUGGAACAAAAAGAUGGGCAAGUUCUUCACCAGCCAAGAGAAGGGAAAGAUUGAGAGCUGCAAAAAGCAGGCAAGUAAAGAAGGAAGCGGUUAAUGUCAUUGAGAAUGUAGCUGUGAAAUAAUUGUCUAUUUCUACAAGAGGGGAAAUCUGAGAAAAACUCCUGAAACAGAUCACAAAUUACUAUCUUCACGUGACUUCUUGUGUAGAUCCACGCUGCAGAGAAUGAGUUCAACUCCCUCCUACGGCUUGAUCAUCCAAACUUGGUGCAAUAUAUGGCACUGAGCUCUACAGAAAAGGAGGACUGCCUGGCGGUAAACAUGCUGGUGGAGCACGUGGCCGGCACCAACUUGAACCAAAGCCUGAUCUCUCAAAGCCCUGUCCCCCUGGAUAAACUGAGCCAUUACACAUCCCAGCUGCUGGCUGCCCUCGACUACCUUCACUCCAACUCAGUGGUCCACAAACAUCUGGGUCCCUCCAGCGUGCUGCUGGACUCUGAGGGAAACGUGCGACUGACGGAUUACAGCCUAUCAAGGAGGUUUGCUGAUAUCUGCAAAGAAGACAUUUUUGAACAGGCUCAUGUGCGUUUCUCAGAGGAGACAGCGAUGCCGACCAAGAUGGGGAAGAAAGGAGACAUAUGGAACUUGGGGCUGAUGCUGCUGGCUCUGAGUCAGGGGAAGGAGGUGAGGGAGUAUCCAGUCACAGUGCCCACAAGCCUGCCUGCUGACUUCCAGGACUUCCUCCACAAGUAUGUAUGAAUUCAUCCCUUCGUGCCUUACUAGCCCAACAGUUACCCUUAAAUCAUGUUAUGUAUAUUUUACACAGGAGCUAAUCAUUUUCUAAACAUCCCUGCAGUCUAAUAUCUAAUUCUUCUCAGUCAUGCUUUUAUUAUCCAUGUCUAUCGUUUUCCUCUCUCAUUGACUUAAUGUUGAUCAGUAAGACAUUAAAAAAACAUUCAGCCCUGUGAAUUAUUGUGUUCCAGAGAUAAUCGCAAAGUCCAGAGGAAGCUGUAAUUCACGGCAUGUUUCUUUGUCACAGGUGCGUAUGCCUGGUUGAUGCUGAACGCUGGACACCACAGCAGCUUUUGGAACACUCCUUCCUCAAACCUCCUUCACCUAAAAACCUGCCACAAUACCAGGAGGCCAGCCCAGAAGGUGAGAAACAUGUGAAUAAAGUGAGUGAGAAGAUGCAAAUCUGAAAACAUAUCUAUCUCUAUUCCGAUGUCUCUUUUUGUUCAGUUGUUAAUAUUAAAUGUAUACCCUGCAUUUCGAUGAAGAAGCUCCGAGUUGAUUUUAUUCAAUGUUUUUCUCUCUGCAGAUCUGCCUGAAGACUUUCCAUCCUCAGUCAUCCCACACAGUCACAUCCUCAAUGCCCCCUUUAGCUCUGGGGUGCAGAGGCAGUUUUCUCGUUACUUCAAUGAGUUCGAGGAGCUUCAAAUGCUUGGAAAAGGAGCCUUUGGUGCUGUGAUUAAGGUAAAAUCUUACCUUUUAGCUGUUAUCAAAGCCAGCUGUGAUUUCUAUGUGUCUUGUAUGUCUUUUCUACUUUUCCUCUCUUGCACCUCCAGGUUCAGAAUAAACUCGACGGUUGUAACUACGCUGUGAAACGCAUCCAGGUCAACCCCACCAGUAAGCAGUUCAGGCGCAUCAAAGGUGAGGUGACACUGCUCUCCCGCCUCAAUCAUGAGAACAUCGUCCGCUACUACAAUGCGUGGAUUGAGCGGCAUGAGACGCCCUCAGGAGGGGUCUUGAGCAGCUCGGACAGCUCUGAGCAGUGGAGCCCCGCCCACAAACCUCCCCAGGCUAAACAGCGUCAGCCGCUUCUCAACGAGCUCGGCAUGCCCGAUGACGUCGAGGACAUUGCCCCGCCUCCUGCUUUAUCAAGCUCUGUGGAGUGGUCCACUUCUAUCGAGAGAUCCUCCAGCGCCAAAUGUAGCGGACACCAAUCAAGUGACGAAGAGGAGGAUGAUGAUGAUGAGGAGGAUGUGUUUGGGGCCUCAUUUUUGUAUGUUUUUCUUUCAUUUUUUGUGGUGUUAAGUCUAAGGAGACUCUCUUCUCAUAAACCUGUCCACAUGACUUUUUUUUAGGAGGCCAUCAGACAGUGAUUCAAGGAGUGACAUUAUCUUUGACAAUGGUGACGAAAGCCUGGAUGAGAUUUCACAGGUUUGUACAUUCAUUUGUCAUGACCUUAUCACUCUUUUCCUGAAAGUCAGUCAAACCGUGUGUUUCUUCUCACAGGUUGAGCCAAGCAAAAGAGCCACAACUGAAACAGAGACCACCGACUCCGAUCGACCGAUGCUCAUCGCACAUUACCUGUACAUACAAGUAAGCCCCACACGUGCGUGUCCGCUUUUGACAACUAGAGGUCUCUGUUGUACAUCUAAUACGUGUCCUCUCUUUCUGACAGAUGGAAUACUGUGAAAAAAGCACUUUGAGAGACACCAUAGAUCAAGGCCUGCACCAGGAUCAAAAUCGGUUGUGGAGGCUUUUCAGGGAAAUACUGGACGGGCUCGCUUACAUCCAUGAACAGGUGUUGACUCUAUUUUAUAUAAUGAUGUCAAGCCACUCAACAUAGUUAAAGAAAGUUCAGUGACUGUUAUUUAUCCUAAUGUCAACCCUUUUCAUUCCUCCUCCACGCUGGUUUUCUGGUGUAUUUGCAGGAGUGACAUUUGUCAUAAGAGCUGUCAAUCAUGGCUUUGUUUAGUGCAUCAAAACUCAACUUCUCAGAGAUGAACUAUGGGAACUUCAUCAUUAUAAUAAGUUCUCAUCAAACUGAUUUGUGCUAGAGACCUUUUUUCUUUUUUAAAGGUGUAUUUUUAGUCUUACCUUUAACCUAUCUUGAGGGUGCACCAAGUGUUUUAACUUCCCUUAAAGGAUGCUGUCAUUUUGUCAGUCUGUUUACACAUUAGUCUUUUUAAUCCCCAGUAAAUGAGCCCCACUAAUAGCAAGAAUCACAAUUGGGCAUCCAGUCACUUUCCUACUGAUUGAAACUUAAAGGGACUGUUUGUCUUUUUUGAAGUGGGUUGUAUGAGGUCCUUGCUAAUAGUAAUCAGAAAGUGUAACAUCCACAAUAGAUGCAAGUUUGCGCCCCAUUUGGAAAAUUUUCUGUGCUUUACUUUUCCAUUUAUUUUAUUCUUGAUCAUGAUUGUAUAUGAGCUAGCUCAGCCUGUGUUAAUCAGUAUACUAAUUUGAAUUUUGAAAUGAUUGUGUUUCAGUGUCACAAAAUUAUGCACCAAAUUCUUAAGAUUAUCAUGCCUAAAAGGUAAUGGUUGUGGGGGUUGUCAUCUUAGCUCAGUCUCCCAAUAGCUAAAUCAAUGUAAACAUAUCUUGUAGACCAUGACUUGUGUCAUCAUGCAUAAAAACAAAAUAUAUAAUAAUAAUAAACAAAAAAUAGUGUGAGCCAAACACUAAGUUUGAAGAUGCAGUUCCAUUUGGAUUUUCUAAUUUUUCUAAUUGAACUACGGACAAAUGGAAUAACGCUGGUAAAACCACGGCAUUGGUACUGCAGGACACUGUGGUUAGUGAGCAAUGCAGACUGCAGCCACAUGUGAUCAUCUGGUAUCUUCUGGUCUGUAAGGAACUGAAAUGCUGUUCCAUGUGAGACAGAAGUAGUUGUCUUGGUUCAUGAGCAUGGACCUGCAGUGUACACAUCUGUACCACAAGGUAACUUGGGAUCUCUCCCACUCUGGUGUUUUUUUACAGAAGUUUUCCCCUCUCUCCCUUGGUCUGUUGACUCUUGUGCUUCCUCUGUAAAUCUAGACUCACAAAGUCUGCUAUAACGUCACUAUAACUCACUUUUUAGUUUGGUUGUAUUUCUAUCACUUUGAAGCCUGCAGAGCCAAACAGCUGGCCAGUAUGCGGCCAGUGGAAGUGCAUGUAAUAAAUGUGCUCUCCAAACAGAGUAUACACUUACAUCAAAAAUAGCUUUUCUUCUGGUUCUCUGGUCUUUUUCUCAACAAAGGGACUAAGUUGAGCAGGACCCCUGUUGCCACUUUGCUUACCAUUGACGAGUACCUCAUACUGCCUCACUUAAAAAAAAAGAAAAGAGCCAUCCUAUAAAGCAAAGUUUUCGGUUGUCCAUCCCCAACCAGCUAACCUCUUCCAUAUUUCUUUCAUGCAGGGCAUGAUUCACAGGGAUCUGAAGCCUGUCAACAUUUUCCUUGACUCACAAGACCAUGUGAAGAUUGGAGACUUCGGCCUGGCGACAGACCAUCCUGCUAAUGUGGUAUGUGGUUAACACCCUGACCCUGCUGAGGGUCUGUACAGGGAUUUACUGUGAAGGGCUUCCUGUGACUUAUUCAUGCUGCAUCUCAGUGUUAAGCUGACUUAGUUAAAGGUAUAUGUGAUGAUGGCUUUCAGGCUGCAGGAAAAUUCGAAGUGGAGGAGAGCGGGUCAGCAGUGAUGCCCAAAUCAGACCCAACAGGUGCAGAAGGUUUAAAAAGAUCCUCAUGUUCUUAAUCUCUUUUUCUUCUUCUAUUGUAAUUAUUUUAUACUUGUAUGUCCCUGAAAUUAUACGUUUUGUUAUUAUUCUACAGGUAACAUGACGGGCAUGGUUGGCACUGCCCUCUAUGUAAGUCCUGAGGUUCAAGGAAACACCAAAGCCACCUAUAACCAAGUAAGACUUCAGUAUUUUACGAACAUAUAAUCAGAUUAGGAAAGUUUUUGACUGAGAAAAAAGACCCUGGAUCAUACCCUGGAGCCACAAUUCUUUGGGUCAAUUGUGAUAAAAGUGUUUCUGAUCAUCAUCGUUAAAUAAUUUAAAGUGUAAUUGUAUUGUUUUAUAUAGUAUAAAUAACUUAAUUGUUUGCCAAGAUGAGAAUGAAGUGUUAUUUGUGCUGUUUGAUGACGUGAUCACAUUCAGUCUGACUUCUAAGUGUUCUUUUGCUUUUUCUCCUCAGAAAGUUGAUCUGUUCAGCCUGGGAAUCAUCCUGUUUGAGAUGUCCUUCCGGCCCAUGACCACGGGAUCUGAGCGCAUUUCUGUCCUAAGCCAGCUACGUAUGGUGCGUUCAAGUCCAGCUCUGCUCUUUUGAGCUUUAAACCUGUCGUCUUUACUCAUUUUAGUUUCUCUGCAGGAGCCCACUGUCUUCCCUGAAGACUAUAAUGAAUAUCAGCAAGGGACACAGGUGAGAGACUUUUUAAGGGAAAAAGAUAAAUAAAAAAAGUUCUGUACUGCAUCUAUCAAUCAAACAUCUCUUUGUGUUCCCUCUGUCCACCUGCCAGAGAAAGGCGAUCCAGUGGCUGUUGAACCACGACCCAGCAUUGCGUCCCACUGCUCAGGAACUCCUGAAAAGCGAACUGCUGCCUCCACCACAGCUGGAGGAGUCGGAGCUGCAUGAGGUGCUGCAGCACACCAUGGCCAAUGUCAAUGGCAAAGCGUACCGCACCAUGGUGGGCCAGCUGUUUGCUCAGAAUACAUCUCCUGUCAUGGAUUACACCUACGACAUUGACCUGCACAAGGUGUGAAUACUGCUUGAAACUGUUGCUAUCUAUCUAGGUAUCAAAGGUUUAUUGAGAAUUACAGUCUGUUGAUUGUUGGUACAAAACUUAAGAAAAUGUUUAGGCUAUGAUAAGACGAUUACAGACAUAUUGUAAACAUUUCCUGUAUGAAACAAUGGUGUAAACCUUUAUUUUCAUUCAAAUAAUGCAAGCUAAUGUGUCUGUUAUGUUGAUUUAUUUUUAUGCUUGAGUGAUUUAUUACUUUUGUUAAUUUAUCUGAAAUACUAUAGAGGGCUCAAUAUGUCCCGGGGUCAUAGGUGAAUGGACUGUACAGUAGAUGUAAAGUCAUGCCAGUAGUUCUUCACCCUGCCUGAGGGUGUCACUGCAGGCGUCUCAAUAGCUGCGCUGACCUCUCCAAGCUGCUUCACUCAUCUGGUCUGAGUGAGAGCCCAGCAGGAGGCCUGUGAGUUCUUAAUCGAUGUCUCCUGAUCCCUCACAGAGGCUGUUUGUUUGCUCUCCCUGCAGGGCAGCUUCAGCUUCAACAACGCCAAAUUGCAGCAGUAUGUGCAUGAAACAAUCACCAGGAUCUUCAAGAAGCACGGUGAGAACAUGAUGCUUGUCUGGUGCGUGUGAGCGUGAGCCUUUGUUGACUCUUCGAACCAUUUGGACUCCUGACCCGCUGGAAGCCUCGGUUUUUCGGGACCCCAACAUCUGCUCCAGUGAGCGGCAGCUAAACAAUAAGCACACUGUUUGGCAGUGCAGAUUCUGUGCAGGUGGUGGGGCUAUUUUUGUGCACGCUGCUGCUGAUGUCCAGCUGGUCUUGUUUGUUUAUGCUCAGUGUGUAUCUGCUCACACGCAUCAGCUUUUUGAAGGUGAAGGUUAUGUUAUCUUAUGCAGAUGUAGCAGCAGUGCAUGGUGUUUGUUUUCAGGUGCGGUGCGUCUCCAGACACCGCUGCUCCUCCCCAGGAACAGAAAGCUGUAUGAUGGCUGCGAGCCGGCCUCCUUCAUGGACCACAGUGGAAUGCUGGUUACACUGCCCUAUGACCUUCGCGUGAGCCCGACACACAAACACACACAACGCACACACAGACACAGGUGUGCAGGUAUGAACUUGCACACCAACACUAAUUACACAACUAUUUGCAUCAGCACAUGCAAACACACACAUCGUGUGAGGGUGCAAUCAGCAGCCCUCUUCAGAUCCUGCUACCUCAGGAAACCCUGAGGUCUAAAUGGUUGUUUCCACACUGUGAUUGAUUACAGCCUGGUAUGCACUGACUUCACUGUCAUUACUCUAGCGCGACUAAACCAACCCACCUCUCCUCUUUUUACUGAAGAUGGCGUUUGCAAGAUUCAUCGCUCGCAAUAACAUAACACAUCUGAAGAGGUAAAUAAGUGAAGCGAUUAUAUCCUUUACGGCCUCAAUUGUUUAUCAAAACUGUCUUUCAAACUUCACAGCAAAGCUGUUCGAUGAGUUGUAUUUUACUGGUAUCUUUAUUUUUUUUUUUCCUCAACAAUAUUUGUAUUAGUUUCAUACAGAUUAAUACAGGACAGUGAGCUCAAGGAAACAUUAAUCACAAACACCUCCUUUCCCUCAAGACCCUGUCCACUGCUGGAUAUUCACAUUACUGUGCUUAAAUAACAAAUUCUGGAGUUGAUAAAAAAAAAAAAAAAAGUAAGUGCUGGAAUUUGGGUUUUAUAGACCCUGAAAUAUAAAACAAUGACAAAUAAAAAAGUAUAGAGAAAAUAAGUUAAAUGAACUAAUGUAUGAUAAGAGAAAUACAAAGGUACACAAGUCGCUGAGAGCUCAAAAAGUCCAUAAAAGAGAUAAGAAUUUAAAUUGUAUGAUUGUAAAACAUCACAGAUAUAUAUUUAAAAAAAGAAAACAACCAGGUGAGGAGAGUGCUGAUUCAAAAUGAUGAGAGUUUCUGAAUGUGGUCCAGAAAAGGUCCUAAAACCUUUAUGAAUUUUUCAUCUACUGGUAUCUUUUAAUCAAUCAAUCAAUCAAUCAAUUUAACAAUAUUGGAUGUUGAAAUGUUGAUACAGAUAAAUAUUCAUGAUCUUCCUAUCAUUUGAAAUUUAUGCAGUUUUAUCUUGUCACAUAUUCAAAAUAUUUGGUGCUCCAUUAAAUGAAAUAUAUGACAAUGUAGACCCCAAACUGUUACUGUUUUGAAAACCUGUUGCUGUUCAAACGUUAAGUAUUUAAAGGAGGUAAAGAGUUACAGAUAUUUUUAUUGUUUUUAUGAAAGAAGAGAAAAUUGAUAUGUCAUCAUUUACAUUAGAGUAUAAAUGAUGGGCAAACUUACAAAUUCAGCUUUUUGUGGGAAAUAAUUGGGAAAAGGAUUCACAGCUGUUAUUGAAUCCCAAACUGUAAAGCAGUUUUUUAUAAUUAACUGUAACAUAUUUUUUCAUUCAGAUCGACAAUAAGGAAAGUGAAUGUUAUUUAAUAAUGAUAAAGUGAUUAUAUUUAUGUUUCCCUUCAUAUCUACCAAAUCACUGAAGGAUAUUGUUGUUCUUACAAUAUAAUAUUAAUCUUCAUUACCCUCAAGGCCAAACAGUAUCAGCUUUUUUAUUGGUAGGCUUGGCGUUUCAAUGAAAUGGGACAGCUCUCGCUCAGAAUUUCCCACAGGUAAUUUAUUCUUGCUUCUUUCCUUCGACUGUUAUUGUAUUUUUCUCUCUCUUUUUUUUUUUUUCCCUAAAGGUACAGCAUCGAACGCGUGUUCCGGCCCAGGAAGCUGGAUCGAGCUCACCCACGUGAACUUGUGGAGUGCGCCUUUGACAUCAUCACGCCCGUCACUAACAGCCUCCUUCCAGACGCUGAGACUAUUUACACCAUCUCUGAAAUAGUCCAGGAAUUCCCUGCACUUCAGGUUACUUCCAUAAACCGCUUGUGUUACACGCAUAUAAUCCAAUGAGUUUGCUCAGCGCCACAUUGUUUUGAUUCACAUUCCUCCCCCGCCGUCUUUGUUGAUGCAUCAUUGUUCUUUUUCCUGCGGAAGCCGUCAUCCCAACCUGUCCUGUUUUUGUUUUUUCCUUUUUUUUCCUUUCCACUCACAUUCCCUGCGUACCAAAGUAUGCAUAAUCCUGACAGAUUUACACCGGAUUUAUUAUUUACAUUGUAAAUCUGUUUUGUCCACUUCCUUCCAUGCCUCCCAGUACAGUCCAUUUCCUGUCUACAUAUCCCGGUGCUGUGUCUGUCUCCAGCCGCAGCUCCUCUGCAUGCUUCAUGAACUCACUCAACCUGGGACCUGACCUCUUCUCACAUCCUUUUAAAGAUAAUUUCCCUGAUCCUCGUGCAGCCUGUGUGGAAGCUUUUAAGUAUACGAGAGUCAGAGAGAAUGAGAGGGCAGCCCCGACACAUUGGUCAUUAUUCACUGAGGGGCUCAUUGUACAGUAGGCUCUCUGUUUUCUUCUGUAAUUGCAGCUGAGGGGGUUAAAGGUGUCACUGUGUGUGUUUUUGUGACCGCAGGAAAGGAACUAUAACAUUUACCUGAACCACACCAGCUUAUUGAAGGCCAUCCUUCUCCACAGCGGAGUCCCCGAGGACAAACUCAGCCAGGCCUCCAACAUACUCUGUGAUGCUAUGGUCAGUGCAGGUCACACGUGCUGCACAGAUGUUAUCCACAUUGCGUGUCUGUUGCUAAUAUCCUGGCAUAAACAUAUAACACAGACUCAUUCCGAAAUAUAGCACUGGGAGGCUUUCUUUAACUUCAAUCGAUUCUCUUGCUGCAGAGUGAAAAGCUGACCAAACGUGAGGUGGAGGCGAAGUUCUGCAACUUUUCCCUCUCGACCAACAGUGUAAGUGUCCAAUAAGCACUCUGUAGAAAUAACCAGUCCUGCAGCAGCUCGUUUCAUUCUUGCACAUAAACACUGAGAUCUCUCCACUUCCCUGCUGCGUCCAGUUGCAUGUGCUGUACAAGUACAUAGAACAGAAGGGGGACCUGCAGGACCUGGUGCCUCUGCUGACGUCUCUUACCAAACAGAAGACCGCCGUCACCCAAUUGGCUAAGCAGGGCCUCAAGGACCUGGAGGAGCUCACCGUGCUGCUGCGGAGACUUGGAGUGAAACUGCAGGUAAUGUGGAUUCUGGUGAAUGAUGAAAAAAAAACCUAUCAUACCUUAUUGGCAGGAGGUAAAGAAGAUAAUGGAAAAAAUGUUGAAAGUGCGACUUCCACUGACAUUUGAAGUUUUAUAUUUGGGAUAAGAGAACCAGGAGAUAACAAGGUCAGGAGAAAUAUAUAUAUUUCGAGUAAUGUUGGUGGUGGCUAAAAAGGCCAUUACGAGAAAUUGGCUAAAAACAGAUGCACCAGAAACAGUGGAUUGGGUAGAAGUAAUGAUCGAUAUAUAUAGAACGGAGAAGCAGACUUUCUCAUUUAGACUAAAAACAGUGACUUUCAAAAAUUACUGGAAAAACUGGGUUGAUUUUGUGCCUCAAUUGAGAGCAGACUUUGUGCAGUAAGGACAUUGCGUAUUGUAGAUUACUGAUCCCCUUAGUUCAGGCUACAAACUUGUUCAUUGUUCAUAUGUUUAUUAUGUUUACCCUCCAACAGGGGAAAAGGGACAAUGCAAGAGAGGUGUGAAAAAAGGAGUGAAAAGUGUUUCAUUUUACUACACAGUUAUUCUACUCUAACUUUACUUAAGAAAUGUAUGUCUAACUGUCUCUGCUCUGUGGUGUAGAAGUAUGCAAAUAUUCAACACAGUUGGAAAUCUGUUCAAUAUAUGUAGAAUGUUGAUGGAAUACUGAUAUGUGAAAUCAAUAAAAAAUAAAAUAAAAAAAAGACUAUCAUUAUGUUUUGUCCCUUUUUAACGCAAUGAUGCCUCUCUUUAGGUGGUGAUCAACUUGGGCUUAGUGUACAAGGUGCAGCAUCACUCCGGGGUCAUCUUCCAGUUUGUGGCUUUCAUCAGGAAACGCAAGCGAACUGUUCCAGAUAUCGUGGCUGCUGGAGGACGCUACGAUCACCUGGUGGGUUUUAGGACCAUGGGAUCAUCUUACAAUAGUCCGCAGCUAUUCUUUUGAAAAGUAGCCAAAAGCUUUCAUUUCACACAUGCAUGUACAUGAGCUACACUCUUCCAAAUAUAUCACAGCUCUCCAGUCUGAAUUUCAUUUAUGCCACACUAUGCAGUGUCAGUGAUUUUCUCCACCUGCUGUCUUUAUGUGCUCUCCUCUCGGCGCUGCUAGAUCCUGGAGUUUCGAGGACCAGCUUCCACAGUGCCAGUGCCCUCCGCAGUGGGAGCCAGUGUGGCCCUGGACAAAGUCUGCGCCGCUAUGGCCGGCAUGGAGGAACCAGUGAGAGAAACAGGCACCCACACACACUCACACCUAGACCUAGACACUGGGAUCUGACAUUCCUAAUUAUUAUAAUGGAGGAGCAGCAGACAGAGCUUCAUAUUUAAUGAUGCCUUAUUGCAGCAGUCGGCCGCCGCACAGCCACUUUUAGAAACAUGUUAAUAACUAUGAUCAGUGUGAUUCUUGACGCUGCUGAGUUAUUUUUGGAGGUCUAUCAUUUCAUGGAUUUCGUAUUGAGAAUGUGAAACGAUGUGCCACGAAAAACUGCAGGUCUGAGCAGGGAGAAGAGCAUUAAAUAACACUUUUCUCACCAACCAGUUUUUAAACAACCUGCCUAUUAAUGUGCUCCACACAGGGAGAGAGAGAGAGCGAGAGACAACUGCCAGGUCUCUGAAACUGUGUUUGUUUUCUGUUUUAGCCAUCAGUAAGCUCCUGUGACGCUCUGGUGGUCCCAGUGGGACACUCCUCAAUGUCCAGAGCCAUCAAUGUUGUUCAAAAGCUGUGGAGUGCCGGUGUCUCCUCAGACAUUGCCUACGAUGUCUCACAGGUAAGUGUCCUCACUGAAGGGAAGUUUUUUUGGUUUAAACGUGCACUGUGGAUUUUUCUCAUAGCCUAUGUCAAUCACUGAAUUUGAUUCGAUACAACACUUAAUAAUACUAACAAAUAAAAAAACAAUGACUUAACUGAAGUGAACAGUAGAUGUAGAAAAAAUAAUAUUUGGCUCAUUAAAAUAUUGUCACAAAGGACUUUGGAUUUCUGUCCAGCUACCUGAAAUUGUUUAGAAACAGGAUUCCUACGCAAGUAUGGAAAGUAUGGAAAAAUACGGAAAUAAAUUUGAUCAAUUUCCAGGUCAUAGAAAGUAUGGAAAAUGAAAAAUAUGUAUGGAAAAAUAUUCAUGUUUCCAGACUAUUAUCCCGGUUCUAAAAUACUGUUUUCUAAAAUAGAAAAGUAGUUAUUUCCAAAAAUAAUUUUAAAAAGUAAGGUAAUGAAAAGUAUGAAAAUUUCAACUGUAUAGGAACCCUAUAGAAAGAAAAAUAUUUUAGGUUAGAAUAAAAAAGGAAAGCCAUGUAAAGAUUCAUUGUCCCUUGCACAUUAUAAUCUAAUAAGCAUGAACACUUUUAAUCCAUCAAAUGUGGGAUGUGCUGGACAACCAAGUCUGAUCGACGAAGGUCCCAUCAUGCAUCUUGCAGGACUUACAGGACCUUGUCUAGUUGUCGGUUGAUACCACAGCACACUUCCAGAGGUCUAGUAAGGUCCAUGUCUCCUCAGGUCAGGGCACUGCUGUAUCUUCAUCUCUGAAGUUCAUCAUGAGGACCAGAUGUGCUUUAAAGGCUUUUAGCUUCCAGGUCUUUGAUGCAAAUCCAAGGAAAAUAUCUGCUCUUUUUGGCCAAAAUAAGGUGCUGCAUUGCUGUCAGAGAAAGAAACAUGGAUAACAUCACAGCACAGAUAAUCAACUAUACAAUAAAGUGAAGUUCACAAAUAUUACAAAAUCUCUUAAAGUCAGAGCCAUGAAGGCCAAGGUCUAAUUAUAUCUGAGCCAAAGGAAGUAGAGUCUAUUUCUCAGUAAGUAGCUUCCGGACACGCUCGAAAAGGAAAGUGCCCAGGGGUCGUACAAAAAGCAGUAACAUACAAGAGAGGAGACUUCAUGGAGGUUGAAUCCGGUAGCUUGAAAUUAUUCAGAUGAGCGCCUGAGUAUUAUGCAUGUUGAAACUCAUCAACAUAUCUGACAUAUUAGAUCUCUAAGAACUGUUUCUCUGUCCUCCCUGCUCUGCACUAUCCUCUCUACAGAGGGCAACACCAAACUUCCGUUUUUGAGGACCCCCCAUCUGUCAGCAGCAGACUUAUCAAGACAGCAUCAGAAAUAGUAAACAUCUCAGAGAAUGAGCCGCACACUGCGGUUUCAUUAGAAACAGGCUUACAGGCCAUGUUGGGACAACAUGCCAUGGAGUUCUGGCAGUAAUUGACUCUGUUGUCUGUUAGAUGAGUUUUCAGUUUAGUGCCCAAUAAGUUUUUGUUGUGGAAAUUUUAAAUUGGGGUUGUAGGACAGCCAAGUAAGACCCGUGUCUUCAAAGUGAAGUCAUUAUCUUGUGGUCCAAACCUCCUGAUGCCAUGUCCCUGUCACAUUCUUCAUGUUUACGUGACAAUCUCAUCUCAGCCUUGUGUUUUUGUUAACGCCCUCCUUGGCACAUUUAAACACUUCUCCUGGUUUUACCCUUUUACCCUUUAUAACCUAUUGUUUAAUCUUUCCUCUCCUGCACUGCAUUAAUGUUUUGUCUUAUUGUCUUUUGUACUGGCACAGGCCAUAAGCGAUUGGCCACCUUCAUUUCCCCUCGAGUUCUUUGAAGCAAUUAGGAAAGGUUGGGUUUGGCUGAAAACAAGCAGCGCAAUGUCCAGAUAUUCAGCUCUGUUUGUGUGUGUCUUUGUUGAUUACGUAUGCAAGUGGUGCCUGGCUCUGUGGUGAGAUGCUGAGAACACCUUGUUCAAACCUUCUCACCCAGUUCCCCCCUCCCUGCUUAACUUUUGUUAACACCUUUCACAUACUGGCCUUUUAACGAGCCGAAUCUGGAGCUCUAAUUCAACCUCAAGGAGACGGUUCCACUCUUUUAGCUUUUACUAGCCAAAUAUGGCAAACCCCUUCCACAUGCCGUCAGCGCCAAUCGGCCUCCAGGGAACGGCUUACCUUUGACUUAAUUUGUUCUGUCAUUGAGAAAGUUGUGAGAAAAGAGCCGUUUUAGAGCCGACGCACAAACCUCAACUAAAAAGGGUUUGUUUUCUGCCAUCAUUAGCUUGCCCAGAGCAGCCAGAUAAGAGUUUAUUAGAAUUAAAUUGACGUAAACAGGCAGACUCUAACAAAUACACGCAUGCAUGUUGUCAGGGAGUUCCUCUCAUUCUGGUCAACUGUGAGUGGACUUGCACUCGUACUAGUACUUGUCCAGGUCUUUCCCACCACUUGUCACAUCCACCCUGUCAUGCACUGAUUAUAGAGGAUGCUCCUGUAGUGGACCAACAUUCGAUAUUAGCUAAUUCCAGUGAACUUGAAGGUCUUGACCAAGGAUACCUAAGUACAGACUCUUUCAUAUCAUGGAAAAGUUUCUUCAUUUCCAUAAUUUCAUUUAAAAAGUCAAACUUUCAUAGAUUAUAGAUUCAGAGCCCACAAUUUAAACGAUUUCAAGUAUCUAUUUGUUUAUUUUUACAUAAUUUGGGCUUCCAGCUCAUAAAACCCACGAAAACAGGAAAUACCUUGAAAAAAUCACUAUUUACCAAGUUAAGUUUUUGCAGAGGAAAAAGAAAGAAAUUAGGAUCACAUCAAAUCAAUCAAAAUAUGGUACUUUCAAAACAAUAUGUCAGUCUUCAAUACUUGGUUGGGAAUCCCUUUGCCUUAAUCAUUGCCUCGAUGCGCAGUGGCCAGAUUUCCUUUCAGCUCUUCUUUGUUUUUGGGUCUGGUGUCCCUCAUUUUCCUCUUGAUAAUACCCCACAGAUUAUUAUAGACUUUUCAAUGCUAUUCCAGUUUUUUGUGAAGGGUCUGUAUGUGACUGCAGGAGCUUGAAUAGGACCACCAACCUUCUGAUUAUGAGACAAUUGAGCCGAUUGAGACACAGCCGCCCUUGCUUAAGCCAAACUUCACUGACGCUGACUCACUACUAUAGAAGGAUUUUUGAGGUCAUUGUUACAUCACUUUUUCACAUUUUACAACCUUAUUUGCUUUUGCCAAGUGGUAUCUCAACCGUGUCCAUUCCUUUUACUUUCAGCAGCCACAUCAGCCUCAGUGAGAGCGGGGCAGCCGUAAUUCAUUAAGUAUAAAAGCCCUGUAAUGUUCUUAAAGCUCACUCAUUAUUCUUUUAAUGUUUGAUGACAGAAAACACUCAAAACAGAUGAAAAUGCAGGAAGUUUCAGCAGUACAUUUUCCCAGUAAACACCUCUGUAAACCUGACUAAACUGAAGCGAUGCAGGCCUCCUGAUUGGUGUCUGGAAGCCUCGGUGGUGACACAUCAUGACGAGUCAUCAGCGACUAGCUCGGCCAGAAAUUCUGCUGUGAAUGGUCCCAUUGUGUAGUUGUCAAAAUGAUUAUUGUUAGAUGAAGUUAAUGGUACUUUAAUGCAACCUUAAAUCACCUAUAAAAUCUGUGCGUGUGAGUAAUUCAGCCUUUUGUCAUUUUGUGUGUGUGUGUUCAGUCCCAGGAGACGUUACUGGAGCACUGCAGGCUUGCUGGCAUCAGCUGCAUGGUCCUGGUCUCUGACAAGGAGGGAAACUAUGUGAAGGUAAAGCAAACUCAAGAAUAGAGCCUGAUCAAUAUCUUUGAAAUUUUUGCUGAUAAUUUCUUGUAAUAGACUCACACACAGACUGCAUGUAAAGAUGUAUCAGAAUACACCAGAGGUUUUCAUUGACUAACCCGGAGGUUCAUGAGAAUCAUACAAGCGUUGUAUGAAGCGGCACAUGUGAAAGCCAUUACAUGUCCUCAGGUCAAAUCCGUUGAGAAGGACAGGCAGUCUGAGAAACGAAUCCCCGAGUCGGACUUAGCGGACCACAUCAUUCAGAAAUGUCGGACCAAGUUCUUUGAGGACCGAAACAUCAGGUAAACAAGUUAAGCCUUAAUGUACAGCUCAGAUGUGUGAAUGAUGUAAGAGGCUUGUUCUUAUAUAAUGUCGUCCCUGUGCCCCUGCAGAGAAAUCUCUGAAAGCAUGUCUCUUCAGAACCCUAAAGGAUCGCUCCUUAACACCACAGGUACUGUGUUCGUUCUGAUUACCCCGGGCUGCUUCUGUAAACAGCUUAAACUGUAUAUUUGUGACCUUUAAGUCCAACUGCAGCUGGAAACAGUCACACCACUGUUUCUACACAGUCGUCCUUUGACUCCUCCAAAGUUCUCCACGCCAUAAAAGUGUUGAAUUAUGAAACCCAAUAUUGGGAACUAUGUGUGAUCAGCAGCGUAUGACUGAUUCCAGUGUUGCCUUUCCAUUUAACUCAUUAUAAACCAGAGUGGUGUACAAUCAGUGGGACAGAAAAUUAAGUGUUAAAUCUCACACCGCUUCUGGCAUGCUCAAACAGUUUGAUUGAAAUAAACACCUGCUAAAACACAAAUUUCCCUUUAGUUUCAUGUCAUAAAGAGUACCUGAUUAUAGAAAUAUGAAAACGCUUCUUUUUUUCUGUCUCCAGGUUUGUCAGAACAGCACGGCAGCAGCAGCUCCAUGAACAUGAACGUUAAUGUCAUCAGCCCGGAAAAGGUUUCUGCCAGUUCCAGAAGGCGCUACGAGACCCAAGUUUGUGAUGCAUUAAACACACUCCCAUAAACACUUACUCAAACACACACAGAUGGAACAUUUCACGUUUACCUGUGGGGAGCAUUUGGCACAGGAACCAUUUACCUUUCAGGUCGACCUGCUCGGAUCGGCGUUUAUUAUUGUUAUUAUUAUUGAAAGGAAUGGUCCGGCUCUGCCAAAAAUUCUUGUUGUAGUUAUCGAAAUGAGUUUCAAAUGUUUUCCAUUGGGACAGGACUGGACUGGGUAUCCGGACUUGUUGUUUUAAACAUUUCUGUUUAGCCCCAGAAGAACACCAUGAAAUACCUCGUUUGUGUAGAAAACAGGGAAACUAUCAAAGUUCUGUUGGAUAUGAGGAGAUUUGCAGAACUUGACAUGUAGUUUUUGCCACACCUGGAAUGAUCAGCUAAGUUUUGCUUCAGUUUCAAACUCUGCAUCCCUAAAAGAUACUUGUUUGCUACAGAUUGUCACAUACCCACAAAAAAAACCUUCCUUCGUAGAAAUCCUUCCUACGAGGUCUUGACUUUUGUUCGUUUACACAAACAAUAAGCCUCUUCGCCCGCUUGGUCUAAUGGUUAUAGUCUUUUUUUGUGCCUCUGUUUUGAUCUUUCAAGUAUUACUCAUAAGGCAUUUAACUUCAGUAAAUAUAGCUACAGCUUGUUUGCUUAUGUUUUUCCCCCUUGUUCAUUUUUUAUCAUGGGAACAGCUUCUAUUUUUCUUCCACCCUUAACUUGUUUCUCUUAAACUCUCUCUUUCAGAUCCAAAACAAAUUACAGAAUCUCGGUAGCAAUUUGCAAAACAAGAGCAAUGACAUUGAGGUCCUGGCGGUAAGUCAUUUGUUUAUUUAUCCCUCCCAGUUCCAGCUCUCCCUCUUUUUCUCUGCCAUCCCACCUUAUCUCUUGAAUUCAUGUGUGAAAUCACAGAGCGAGGGGAGGCCUUUUGAUAGCUAAAACAGCAAACAUCUUUCAGCGCAGCCCUUUUAUAGCGAUAAAAUCCCCUGCUGGAGGUUGAGAUGGCUGUGAAUCUGUUCUCAUUGCUACAGAACAAUGAACACUAAACAGAGGGGAGCGCACAUGUCUCUUCAUGGGAUGUAAAUGGCUGCCAUAUUGAGUUUAUUUGCGGUUUGCGUUGUAGAUUCAUGUCCAGAUACUCUCGAAGUAAAUCAACCCUGCUUGUCUUAUUUAUGAAGUCGCUAUAUAUUCCAAAUACAUUUGUCAUUCCUGUUGUGGUCUGGACUGCAUCAGUGGAGUGAGAGUAAAUACAAGUUAUUGAAACACAACAGACGUAAUCACCUUGAUUCCGGUAAGCAGCGCAGGCCUGCAGGUCUUAGUUUCUGCUCGUAAGCCGCUUGCAUGUCUGUCAGUCAGACUUUGACACAAAAACACUCAUUUUCCAAUUGAAACCUGAGGUGCUAUUAGCUCUUUGCUGUAGAAAGGACAUGGAGUGCUUUCAAGCUUCUGUAGAGAAAUGUGAAAGCAGGAUUAUGGUUAUUUGUGGUGGGGCGCAUGUAGUGACAGCGCUGUUUCUGGUGUUAAAUAAUGAUUUGGCAGAUAGCUGAUUCAGAUACAUGUUUUCCUUAAUUUGGAGUUUGAUGCUAGUUCUUUGUUUAACAGUUGGAAAUUUUUAAUAGUUACUGAAUGAGAAGGCAAGAUAUACAUAGAUAGAUGUCUGCAGAUCUUCAUUAUCCUCAUUUAUUCUAGUUAGCCGAGGUUUAUUUUAGUCACUAAGAAGGUCUGUGUUUUAUUCAUAUUUUAGUUCUUACUUGUUUUAUCCUCUUUUCAUUUUUAGAACCCCCAGUGUUUCCUCUGAGGGAGCCCUCUGCACCGGGAGCGGUGGUCGGCUGCGGUUGCAGGGGCCUGCCAUGGGGUUCCUGGUGGAGGGUGGUGUCUGCCACAUCCCUCCACUGGCCCUGUGUCGUUGUCCUGUGGCUGUGGGUGGCUCUCUGCUCCUGGUGCUGACGGCUCCUCUGAUGGCGCUUUCUUAACUGGUUCAUCUGUACUUAGCCGUAUCUGGGAUAGUUUUUUGUUUUUAACUUGACUGUAAAGCACUUUGCAUGACAAUUUUUUGAAGGAAAAGUGCUGCAUAAAUAAAGUUUGAUUUGAUUUGAUUUAAUUUGUAGAUAGCCUGAUAUUUGCUGCCCAACACUUAGCUGAUACAUCAGUGCUGCUCUGGUCAUUUAGACAGUUAUUUAUUGAGCAUUAGGUGCAACUGUUGAUGUUUUUAGAAAACAUUUAUUUCCAUAUGACGAUACAAUUCUCCAUUGUGUGUUUGUUUAACUCUACUUUGUUUUGUAUCCCACAGGUGGACCUGCAGAAGGAAACGCUCGUCAACUUCCUGGCUCUUGAGGUACUGGCUUCAUAUUUGGAGUUAAUAAAAGGUUACCUCUGAAUAAAAGGUGGAAGGGCGGGGGAAAGUGGAAAGAAUGGCCAUGAGAGGUCAAGAUCGCAGACAGGAAGAGGGGAUCCCGUCUGCUUCCUUACAGUCUGAUGAGGAGUGCAGUGAGGGAACACCCUGGCCUGAGUCUAACUCCCUUAACAAGGCUCACAUGUAUAACCCACACAUGCUACAGUCAACAAAACGCAUACUUAGGAGGUGUUAAUAUUCACAUUCCAAACUCCUGAGCAAAGCUUCCACUAUUAAAACUCAAAAGAGCACAAGUUUAAAGAAAGACCUUAAUUAUAUUACACUAAGUAACAUGGAGCUGAAAAAGACCCUAACACUGCUGUUAUAUAAGCAAAGGCUUCCACUCCAUAAAUGAACGGGCCACCUAUACAGCACAUGUGUCAAAGAAAACACGUUGAGCAUAUAAAACUCCUGACAAUACACAGUGUGCAGAAGCAGGCGCGCAGGAAAGGCCUGUUUUAAAUAUGGCAAAUUACCCCAAGUCUCAGAAGGAACCAGAGCCCUCUAUAAGCCAAUGCGGCUGUGUACCUUUGCAGGACUGCAACACUUGACAUGUAAAAACAUCCCCCAAGGCUGCGGCUGAAGAAGCUCAUCCAUUCUUCUAAAUCACAUCGACUUUCAAAUUCUGAAGUCUGUAAACAAACAUGAGGAGGAAAAACACACAACAAGGCGUGAUGUUGGUCAGUCAGUAAUCUUUAUCCGUACCAGGCUUUGUUUCUAUCUGCUACGCAACACUUUGCCACCUUGUUGUCCCUCUUAUUGCUCCUUUAACCCUUUGCUUUUUCUUUUUCUUUCAGUUUGAGAGUGAAGAGCAGUUCAACAGCAGUGUGAAGACUCUGCUAUCUCGCCUCCCAAAGCAGCGCUAUCUGAAGUCUAUCUGCGAUGAGAUCCAUCAUUUCAAAAUCACAAAGAGGUGUGUCAGGUCCCUUUGGUUAUAUGUAUUGGCUACUCCUUUAUUGUGCAGCUAUAUUAUUCUUUUACUCUUCUGCAGCUGGGCUACAAAUAUUGUUUCAAACCCCCGAUUUCCCACGCUCUGCUUUGUCUUCAGCGUCAGAUUGUUUUGUGGUUCCGUUUUUUUCUACUCAGAUGUGAAGAAAAACAAGGAACUUAAGACGUAUCGACUUUUUCCAAACAAGCAGUUUUGGACAUCGUGUCUCAGCAGGAGCCUCUGUGGAGGAUUAGCUAAAGACCUCUUAGCCUUUCUGCUCACUCACACACUUGAAUCACCAAAGAGCUGCAAAGUGAGUUAAAACAGCAAGAGUUCGAUUAUUUUUUAAGCCUUUUAUGCCUUUAUGGAUGGCAUAAGACAGUGGAUGGAGUUGGAAAUUGGAAAGUGAGAGAGGGUGAUGACAUGCACUUAAGGACUGUGGGUCGAAUUCGACCCCUGGUCACCCACUCUGGAGGCAUUAGCCUGUGCAUGGGGCGAGCAAAUUAACCACAAGGCCAAGCAAGCAGCCUGAAAAGGCAAAAAUAACACAGUAAAAUAAAACAUAAAAGUACUUCAGAGAACUGUAAAAUGAAUAAAAAUAAGAACAUAUAAAACUUAUAAAAGCACAUAAAUGCAGAAAAAUUUAGUUAUUAAGAAAAUAGACGUACACAGCAAGACCAAGACCACAAAACGCACAUGCUGGGUUAAAAGUUGAGCAAUUAAACCAACUUUUGGGACUGGGUUUUUCAGGUGGUUAAUAGGGGAAAAAUUCCAAAGCUGGGGAUUAAUUUCUUCGAGGUUGUAUAAUUUAGGGGCUACUUCCAUUCCUGAUCUUCUAGACGGCAAAAGAGAACUGAUUUAACAGACCAUCAGGGGCAAAGAAGAGGUCAGAGAUGAGCUGUGGUGCUUUUAUAAUAAAAGAUUAAAAAAAGACAGUAAAGAUAAAACCUUAAAACGAAUCCUGAAAUGUAGAAGGCCAAGAUUUGGGUAUUGUUUUGGCAUGUACAUGUGCCUGUUUCCAAAAGAGCAGCAGUAUUUUGGAUUUGUUUAGAGCAUGCAGAGAGGUCCAGUUAAUGCCAACAUACAGUGAAAUACGUUAGUUCAAAUGAGAUGAAUUUAGAUUUUGUACAAAUAAUAGGAUGGACUUAAUAAGAAAAACAGCUGGGUGGGGAAAAAAGAUUUAAUAACUGUUUGAUGUUUAUCAAAUAUUAAAUCUCUUUAAAAGUUGGUAAACAUGGGUUUUAAAUGUUGUCACACAGGGGCUCGUGUCCAUAACAGGGGUAUCACAGAUGCCACAAACACCCACAUUUGUCUGUCGUCUGCUGCUUCUGUAAAGGUUUUAAUGAGCUGAGUCGUGAUAUCUUUACAGAUAGAGGAACAAUUUCUGUGUCAUUUUCACAAAGGUGGUAAGAGAUGCCAAAACUUGCAAAAUGCAAAAAAAAUAUAUAUAUAUAUUCCGCAGAGUGAAGGCAAAAAAAAAAAAAGGUGGCCCAGUAAUUGAACCAGUCAGCAAAAUCUGGUGCAAAACAGUGGUGUACAUUAAAGGCCUCCUCAAACAGCAGCAAAGCAGACUUCCUUUUAUGGGCAGCUGCCACUCCAAAGCUCCAGCCGUGCACACACACACUCCAGGUGUAACAGUGACAGUCUGCUCCCUUCAAAGGGAGCUUUUAGACGGAUAACUACUGCCUUACAGAACAUCAAAUCCGCAGCUGAUCCCAUUUCCUGAGGUGAAAUCUGGAGAUGGAUUAGCCUUGUUUGGUCCUCUGAUGUCUGUCCCGGAACACCAUAGUUUGAUUGACACUGAGGUUGCAGCACAGGGGAGGCGGGUCAGUUUCAUCCAUGACUCUGGUUGUUGUGAUGCUGCGGUUAAUAUUCCCAAGAUUUUCAGAAGAACGCUUCAAAGCUCAGUAAUUCCUUAAUGUUUCAACUCCCAGUGUUGUGACGCUUGUGAGAGUCCAUUGAGAGCAAUUCUGUGAGGGACAGAUUUCAUCUUUCAUGAAUGAGACGGCAACAAAAAUCAAUCAAAGCUUCUCUUUAUGCCUUUCUAUCCAACUCACCAGAGCAUUUGGUUUUAAUUUCCUGUUUCUGCUGCGAGUUUGAUUUGCCAUUUAGAGGAGAGAAAGUUUCAGCUGAUAAAUGAGCAUCAUGGAGGCAACAAUGGGCAUAUUCAGCGUGUUUUUAUUGUGUUUGUUUAGUAGUUUUCUUCAUGUGUGGGGCUUGGGGAACUGAAGCCAGAUGAGUGGGUUAAAGGGUCCAUGCAGUCACCUGGCUACAACAAGCCCAUAAACUGAACAUAGCCUGAGGGCAUCAUCGUUUCUGAGCUUUCCUUACAGCAGAAACUUGCAUGUGAAGCAAAACUGUGCGUACAACCUGUAUCUUUUUAGCAGUGAUUUUUUUAUAUUGCAUAAGCUCAUGCUAGCACUCUCAGUGACAAUGCUAAUAUGUUAAAGUUUAGCGAACAAAGUUUAGAAAUCAUUCAGUGUUUAAUGUCCCCUGAGCGUAACACUAUAUCUGAUAAUUGACCAUGUACAAUAUUUGUUUUCAUUCCUUCUUUAUCCACAAUGAGUGAGGACUUUUCCACACACUGAGGGCAAACUUUAUUUUAACAGCGAGAAACUUCGAGGAGAACCAGACACAUGUUGAGCAGCCGUCUGCUGUGAAGACCAUCUGGAAGAGGAAAGAGGGAAGAGGUGGAUGUAGUGAGAGACAGAUGGAUAGAGAAAGACAAACACAGCAAAAACAAUGGCUCACUCAGACUGGUGGUUACAGUGCCAGUAAUAAUAGUAAAAAGAAGGAGUACUAUUUGCAGAAAAUGCAAAUUAAUAAUUGAAUUUUCUUGAUAUUUAUGGCGGUUAAGGUCAACAGGCAUCCUAUUAACGUUAACACAGUUGUGCUCACCUUGUCAGUUUAAGAGAUCCUUAAAACCCCUCAAGCUGAGUUUUCAGUGGUCUGUUUUUCACAUGUCCCCAUUGGAAGGCCUUCAUGUGUACUUUUUUUUCUGGUGUAAUGAUCUUUGGAACCUCAUAAGUGACAGAUGUGUUUCCCCUUUUCAGGAUGGCUGUGGUAGUCUUGUACAGCUACAAAGACGACUACUACAAGAUCCUCCUCUAAAAACCAGGAGGGUUCCAACCAGCCUGGGAGAUCUGCUGCUUUGCUUCAAGGCUCAGGACACUCCCAGGGACUAUUUCCAUCCUUGGACCACAGGAACAAGCUUGAGCACUGGCAGUUUGAUACCUUUUUUAUUUGAUAAGGAGGAGAGCCUAAAGGACAUGAGUGUUUGUGUUUUUUUUUUUUUUUUUACCAUGUUGAAUGGUAAUUUGGUCUUUUGACCUAAACUCCAUGACUUUCCAGUGUAUUUGUAAUUUUUCUUAAAGUUGGACUGGAAGUUCACUGGACUUAAAUGCCUUAAUAGCACUGUAGAGAACAAGAAAGCAAGGGCUUUUUAGUGAAGAUUAUGUGUCAUAAAUACAAAUAUUUUACAUUUCUACUCAGCGAAUGUGUAAAUGGUAGAAAUAAAUGUUUUCCCAGCUGUGA